AGGGGGCGCCCCCUCCCCGGCCGCGCCUGCGCACACGGAGCGGCCGCGACCUGCCCGGCGGAGCCCGCCGUGUCCCACCUGUGUCCCCUCGGGGUGUCCCACCUGUGUCCCCUCGGCCGCGUCCCACGUGUCCCUCCGUCCUCGCCAUGUUCACCUGUGCAAAGUUCGUCUCGGCUCCUGCGCUUGUGAGGAGGAGCUGGCGGGUGCUGGGCCAGCCCCUGCCGGCGCUGGGCCCCGAGGCGCGGCCGGAGCAGGUGCAGCCGGGAGCCCCCCGGGCCCUGCAGACCAGCGCUGCCCACCGGGACAUCGACACGGCCGCCAAAUUCAUCGGGGCUGGUGCCGCCACCGUGGGGGUGGCCGGGUCCGGGGCCGGCAUCGGCACCGUGUUCGGGAGCCUCAUCAUCGGCUACGCCAGGAACCCCUCGCUCAAGCAGCAGCUCUUCUCCUACGCCAUCCUGGGCUUCGCCCUCUCCGAGGCCAUGGGGCUCUUCUGCCUCAUGGUGGCCUUCCUCAUCCUCUUCGCCAUGUGAGGAGCGGGCGGUGACAGCGCAGAGCCGUGAGCGGGACGGUGGCCCCGUGCCCGGACGGGGGUGCCGGGGCAGGGAAUAAAGACGGUUUGGUGACACUCUGA